CGUCGCGUCCGCAUUUUCCGAGCACGUGGUUUGUGUUGACGUUUGCUAGAAAUGCCGCGUUCAAAACGGAAUCGCCAAGUCUCGCUAACCCAAACCAAAAAGAAGGGUCUUCCUAGAAAGCAAAAUCUGAUUCAAGAGGUGCGCGAUGCCUUCGACAAGUAUGACAAAGUGUUUGUGUACUCGGUCUCCAACAUGAGAAACACCAAGCUCAAGGACGUACGACAGGAGUGGAAAGACAGCCGGUUCUACUUUGGCAAGAACAAGGUGAUGGCGGUGGCGCUGGGGAGGUGCAUUGACGAGGACCACCGAGAAAACCUGCACCGAGUGAGCGAGCGCCUGCGGGGGCAGUGCGGCCUCUUCUUCACAAAUGCUCCCAAGGAGAAGGUGCUCACGUGGUUUGAGGAGUACAGCGACCCGGACUUUGCGCGGUCGGGGUUCCGCGCCACGGAGCGUGUCUUCCUGGACGCCGGUCCGCUGCCCCAGUUCCAGCACUCCCUGGAGCCCCACCUGAGGCACCUGGGCCUGCCCACCAGCCUGCAGAAAGGUGUGGUGACACUUAUCAAGGAUCACGAAGUCUGCAAGGAAGGGGAAGUGCUCAAGCCUGAGCAGGCCAGCAUACUGAAGCUGCUGGGGAUCAAGAUGGCGGAGUUCAAGGUGUCGAUGGAGUUCCUGUGGAACAGCGACGGAACGUGCGAGGUCCUGCGUGAGAGCAGCAACCCUUUUGGUACGAAGACGCGGUCGCUAAGGGGCAAGAAGAGGCAGAAGCUCACUGGCGCAGCCGCUGGAAGCGAGGAGGAUGAAGACGAGGAAGAGGAGGAGGAGGAGGAGGACAACGACAACGACGACGAGGAUGAAGAGGUUGGCGGAAAAAAAGCAGACGACGAGGCUUGGGAGGAUAUGGAAGAGAAUGAUGUGGAAUCCGAGGAGGCAAAGAAGGAAGGCAUCAAGAAGAGGCCCAAGAAAUUAGGCGUUCGUAGGAAUAAAAAGAAGUAGGGAAAUAAAAUGUUUGCAGUGCACAACCUCGUC